UCUGUUAUUUAGUGUUUUGUGUUCAAGGCGUAAUGACGUCCGCGUUUAUGUCAAAUUAAUUGUUUUCCGCCGGCAUCCAUUGGACCAAUUUAAUAAUAAUAACAAACAAGUAUCAAAGAAGGAAUUUAUAUAAAAAUUGUCUCCUUUCAACCAUUUGUUCGUCAGCGUAAACGUUAACAAUAAAAAUGGCGGAUAUAGCAGAGGACGCGAAAUGCAUAGUGCACACAGCGGACGGUCCUAUUUGUGGAUAUUCUGAAAAGACUGACGAAGGAGUUUGUUAUAAGUUUAAGAGUAUACCUUAUGCUAAACCACCAAUAGGCAACUUGAGAUUCCUGCCUCCAUCCCCGAUACCACCAUGGACAGAAGUAUUAGACUGUACGAAAGACGCUCCGACGCCCAUCUCUCGAUCAGUGUACGAUAUCAUCAGUGGUUCUGAAGACUGUCUAUACAUUGAGCUCUCUACACCAAACAUUAAACCUGACAAGCCAAUUCCAGUGAUGUUUUGGAUAGGAGGAUACGGCUACACGUGUGUCUUAGACGCUAUAUUAGAUGCCACGCUACUCAACGAUCAAAAUGUUAUAUUUGUAAGGUGUGGCCACCGAACGGGUCCUUUCGGAUUCCUCUCCAUAAACGACUACGCUGCACCAGGAAAUUGCGGACUCAAGGAUGUAGUUAUGGCCCUUAAAUGGGUACAAAGAAAUAUAAGCAGCGUUGGCGGUGAUCCAAACAAUGUCACCAUUUUCGGAAGCUCUUCAGGUGGAGCCAUGGUCAACUUUAUGAUGUUAUCGCCAAUGGCCACCGGAUUGUUUCACAAACUUAUCAUACAGAGUGCCAGCGUUUUGAAUAACUGGUCUUUAGCUAAGAACCCUUCAUUAGGCGUUAUAGAGCUGGCAAAAAUACUCGGCAUUGAGAAGACAUCUAAGCAGGAAAUCGUUGAGGAGUUACGAAGGAUCCCUGCGGUGGAUAUCACUGAAGCUUUUCGAAACUUUAAGAUUGGAUUUAGCGAAGGUGUUGAAAGCGAUUUAAUUGAUUCUGUGUUCAAACCCUGCAUUGAAGUAGACUUAGAAGGACAGGCUUCAUUUAUCACAAAGAGUCCAAUAGUAAUACUGAAGUCUGGGAACUUUAACAAAGUGCCUUGUAUCAUUGGAAGUAAUAAUAUAGAGGGCGCAGUGUUACAAUACGUUGUAGACAAUUUUUGUUCCAAUUUCGAAAAGUAUAAUGAGAAUAUCAAACUCCUUGUGCCUCGGGAAUUGGCGAGGAGAGACAGAAUGUCUGACAAUAUAGGUCAUCAGAUUAUGAAGUUUUAUUUGGAUGGAGAAGAGCAUUUGAGUGAGAAAAAUAGGACUCAGUAUUUGCAAUUGAUCAGUGAUUAUUAUUUUUCAUAUUAUGUUAAUAAAACUGUGAGGUUACUAUGUGAAUCUGCUGCUUCGUAUCCAAUAUAUUACUACAUACUGAACUAUGCUGGGGAAUGGGCAGUGCCUAGUAGAUUAAAUUUCUUCAACUCUACUGGGCACGGUGCGGAGCUACCAUUCCUGUUUCGUAUAAAAAUGCCCGAAGUUUGCAAAGGCAGUCCAGAUUCUAUAACAACUAGGAAGAGAGUGAUCAAAAUGUGGACUAAUUUCGCUAAAACUGGAAACCCAACGCCGGAUCCCGACGACCCACUGCUCUGGAUAACUUGGGACCCAGUCGAAAGCAAAGAAAAGCUGAACUACCUCAGUAUAGGACAAGAACUGACAAAGGGCAGGAACCCCUUCCAAGAACGAAUGAAAUUUUGGGAUGAACUACAUAAAGAACACAUGUUCUUGAGAGCCUUGGUACAUUUUAAUGACUCAGGAUAUUCUGUGUGUUGAUGUUAAUUAUAAUAUUUGAAAUAUAUGUGAUGAUCUAAAACUAUUAUUGCGUCCAAUCAAAUAUACUAUAUGUAGA